CUCCUCGUGAGUUGGAUAAAGCGGAGAUGCGGAGUAAUAAUAGAACAUGUAUGGAGGCCUAAUUUUUCACGCGUUAAUCUAGCUGCUCUCCCUGGAACCGUUCUCGUGAAUCUUUUCCACCGAAGCAUAGCUUGAAAUGGUUGAUUUGUGUAAUUUGGAAGUGCAGGAUUUUGGCAGAGCAUUAGUGGAUCCCUGUUCAAUUAAAACACUUGAAUUAGAGCCCAGAAACUCCAAAAACGAGUUAAGGAGUCGCGAUGUUUACUGUUCAUGCCAAAGACGAUUUCCGGUUAGUGUUUUGAAUCGAACGAUUGUUUCUGGAUUCCAAGAGCGGUUUGGGGUGCACCAUCUUCGGUCGCAUCUACCCAACCCUUUGCCGGAGGACAUGGUCAUCGGGAAGCCUCAAACCACUGGUAUAGAUUGGGAGGUUUUACUGUUCACCAUUGGUUUGCAGAUUUAAUUUGCUUCGUCUCCAUAUGGCCGGAAAAUAAAAAACAAUGUGAAGAGCGUGAUAAGAAGAAAAUAAAAUAGGGAAGAAGAUGAGAUGGGAAAAGAGUUGAUGUUCUUGAAGAUUAGGAAAGAGAAAUGUAAAGUGGGAUAGGGUUGAUUAAAAAAUGGCAGGUGUGAAUUAGGUAGGAGAAACAAAUGAGUUUUGAGCAGGGAUAUUAAAGUCAUUAUAGGUAUUUCUUUUUACCAAAAAGAGUAAUGUUGCAAUUAUUUUGAAACUUUCCAAAAAGGAAAGUGUUGCAACUAAAAAAGAACGGAGGGAGUAUUAUUGUUACUACUAUUACUACUACUAAUAUUAUUUUAUUUUUUAUUUUUUUAAUAACGGUUCCUUAACGGUUCCAUGCACAUAUUUUUUAUAGGAACCGGGAACCGAACCGUUAUAACCCGCUUCAGUUCGGUUCCUACAAAUGAGACAUUAAUUGUUAACGGUGCGGUUCCUAGAUGUUGUUAACGGUUCGGUUCCAAUCGGUUCCACGGUUUUCUGUUCCAAAAUCUCACCCCCUAGAUGUAGAUGUGACAUAGUGAUGUAGCAUAUUCUCUUCUCGUUUAUAUGUUUUUAUGUAUUGUAUAUGGUACUUGCAACUUGAAAUGAAUAUUUGAUUCUAUGUGGCUCUUUAUUUACUAAAACAAACUAUAUUUCCGUUGAACAAUAUAUGCUUGUAAUUUGUGGAACAUCUCUAAACAUAAGAGGUUCCAAAUAUUUUUAUGUCCUUAGUUAAUGAUUGUGAACCGCCAUAUUGUUUUCCUAAAAUAAUAAUGCACAUUUCUUUGUUAUUUCUGUUUCUUUUUGUCCAAACUAUUAGCACGUUGACAAGAGGUUUUGACAUUCAUAUUACUAAGAAUUGAAGUAAUAUACAGAAAGGAGAGAGGAGAUCAAGUGCAAGAAGGGAGCGGGAGAGUCUCGGUAUAUUAAGGGCAUUUCCAAUCCAUUUAGUAGGAUUUGAUCUCUUUUUGUCCAACUUAAGACUUGAUCCUGUUUUUAUCUAGUCAAAAGUUUAUGAUAUUGUUUCUGCCAUUAAUCCUUUUCACAAUCAAUGUAAAGUAUACAAAUUUCAAAUGCUUAAUUUUAAGUAUUUUCAUGUCCA